CUAUGCCACCGCUGACGUCCUUCUCCCUCCCUCUUUCUCUUGUCACUGUGUUUUUCGGGAGGCGGAGGAAGGAUCCCGUUUUCUUUCAUCCUCUUCGCAGAAAAAAAAAUGUUAUGUUUCCGGGGAAAGACAUAUCUUUGUGUUCCGCCGCUGCUCAUCCGGGCGACUUCACAUUCACCGCAAAAGCAGUUGGAACCAACCCGAAUGAGAGGAGCUAAGGGCGGACUGGAUUGAGAGGAAGAACCGGAGACUGACUUGAACGCUGCACAUCCGCCGCUUUCUUUAAUUCAACCGCAAUUUUCCAUUGAUUUUUGUUUCCCCCCCAAGGCUCCGCACAUCUCUUGACGUCUUGAAAUGUGGUAUGAGGCGUUUCCUGCUUCUGCUUCCGUUACUAUUCAUCUGUGGGAGUCACCGCUUUGACGUUUGUCACCCAGGAAAAUCCUAUCAUUUUAACGUUAGCUAACAGGAAAACAAAAACUCCCCCUUUUUUUCUCAACUCAACCCGCGGUGGGCGCACAGAGCCCACGGCUGUUUUCUCUCUCUUUUUUUGACCCUUAUCAGUUGCCUCAAUGGUUGAGUUUUCUUUCCUUUCUCACCACAAGACGGAUGCAGCUGAAAGUAAACCGAUGACCACUGGGAUUGAUUUAUUAACAAGCCAGCCCGUGUCCACCGAAAUGUGUGAACACAAACCUACAGCCCAAUUUAUUUAUUUUCUCUUGGACGACGAAGCGCACUCAGGGACGAAAAUGUCUUUACGCACGGCACUGCCUGGAAACGAGCGGAACCCGGACCAUCAUACCUCCCUGUCAAGCAGCCGCUCGGAGAAGGGUACUGGCUGGUCGAACCGCUCGCUUGGUGCCCGAUGUCGUAACUCCAUCGCCUUGUGCUCCGAUGAGCAGCCACACAUCGGAAACUACCGGCUGCUCAAGACCAUCGGCAAGGGAAACUUUGCCAAGGUCAAGCUGGCACGACACAUACUGACCGGCAGAGAGGUUGCAAUAAAGAUCAUCGAUAAAACACAACUCAACCCAACCAGCCUACAGAAGCUGUUUCGAGAGGUACGCAUCAUGAAAACUCUCAACCAUCCCAACAUAGUGAAGCUGUUUGAGGUGAUUGAAACUGAGAAGACUCUUUACCUAAUUAUGGAGUACGCAAGCGGAGGCGAAGUGUUUGACUACCUCGUGGCUCAUGGCAGAAUGAAGGAGAAAGAGGCCAGAGCCAAGUUCAGACAGAUUGUCUCAGCGGUGCACUACUGUCAUCUGAAGAACAUUGUUCACAGAGACUUGAAGGCGGAGAACCUGCUACUAGACGCCGACUCCAACAUCAAAAUAGCAGACUUUGGCUUCAGUAACGAGUUCACUGCGGGCAGUAAGCUGGACACAUUCUGUGGCUCCCCGCCCUAUGCCGCCCCAGAGCUCUUCCAGGGGAAGAAGUACGACGGUCCAGAGGUGGACAUCUGGAGCCUGGGUGUCAUCUUGUACACACUGGUCAGUGGGUCCUUGCCCUUUGACGGACAGAACCUAAAGGAGCUGCGGGAGCGUGUCCUGAGGGGGAAAUAUCGUGUGCCCUUCUACAUGUCUACAGACUGCGAGGGAAUCCUGCGCCGCUUCCUGGUCCUCAACCCUGCCAAGCGCUGCUCGCUGGACCAAAUAAUGAAAGAUAAGUGGAUAAAUAUCGGCUAUGAUGGCAAGGAUCUGAAGCCCCACACAGAGCCUGUGGAGGACUUAAACAAUGCCAGCCGCAUUGAUGUGAUGGUUGGGAUGGGCUUCACCAGAGAUGAGAUCAGAGAUUCACUGUCUAGUCAGAAGUACAAUGAGGUCACCGCCACAUACCUGCUGCUGGGACGCAAGAAUGAGACGGACGGCACGGAGUCUCGGUCAGCUAGCAGUCUGAGUCUAGCUCGAGUCCGACCCGGCACCAUCACCAACGGAACCAGCAAACACCCCACAUCAUCCUCCUCCUCCUCCUCCGCUGCAACUUCUUCUUCCUCUGGCCACAAGGCGCAGCGCAGCGCCUCCACUUACCACCGCCAGAGACGACACUCUGACUUCUGUGGUCCAGCGGUUCCAGGGUCGACGAACCCUAAGCGGAGUCCCAGUGGUGUAGGCGAAGGUGCAGCCCUGAAGGAGGAGCGGCUGUCAAGCCGCAAGCCGAGCACCAGUACCGUUGGCUCUCGUAGCAUCCCUACCCCCUCCAGUCCCAUGGUUAGCUCUGCUCAUAACCCAAAUAAGGCAGAGAUACCUGACCGGCGCAAGGAAGUUACCGCAACCACAAAUAACGUCCCUGCCAGUGCCAUGACUCGAAGAAACACAUAUGUGUGUACAGACCGAUCCAGCACUGAUAGACACACACUGCUGCAAAAUGGCAAGGAAAACAGUUCCAUAUCCCAUCGCCUGCCCCCCGCCUCCCCUUCAACCCACAGCAUCGCUGGUGCUUCUGGGACCUCCUCUGCGUCCUCCACGCCCUCCUCCCGCCUCUCCAGGGGAUCCACGGUGAGGAGCACUUUCCACGGAGGACAGAUCAGAGACCGUCGUCCUCCAUCCCAUGCUCCCCCAGCUUCCCCAACGCCGUCUCAUGAUGCCAGCCCGCUGCCCCACGCCAGGACCCGGGCCACGACCAACCUGCUAAGCAAACUCACCUCCAAGUUGACCCGCAGGGUCACAGACGAACCUGAGAGAAUCAGCAGAUCUCCGGUCACAAGUCGCCAUCUAUCUGGGCAUCAGAAAGCGGUCGAGCCCCGGACCCCCCGAUGCGGCUGGGAUGUGAGGGUGCGGAGCCCCCGCGACCCGGCCGAGGUGGUGCUAGCUCUGCGGGAGGCUGCGCAGGGCUGCGGCUGCCAGGUCCACCUCGCCGGGCCUUUCCUCCUCUCCUGCACCCACGGAGCAGCCGGCGCCCGCGUGGCCUUCGAGGCCGAGGUCUGCCAGCUGCCCAGCGGGCUGGGCCAGAGCAGCGGUGUGAGGUUCAAGCGCCUGUGGGGGGCACCGUUAGCCUUUAGAGACAUCGCCACCAAAGUGUCCAAGGAGCUGGAGCUCUGAGGGCGACAGGAGGCGGGGCAGAUUGAUAACAGACUGGACCGGUUGAUGAAUGAGGAGGGAUGAAGAGGAGGAAGAGGAACAACAAAGAAGAAAGCAUCGCCUCCUCCUCCUCCUCUUCCUCCCGGGGCUCCACCUCAUCUGAAGUGGCUAACGAUGCCUCGCCUCCGCCAAAGACCACCAAUCAAAAGACAAACGGAUGCACAGACACGGAUAGACCGCCAUCGGCAGACUUAUGAUGACCCUUGACCAUGGAACUGUCAGUGACCUACGACCCCUGCUUGAAACACACCACCACCACCUCCAUAUUACGUGAGCCCAUGGAGUCUGUUUUUUCUUUUUUUUUUCCUCUCUUUCACGAUUUCAUGUUUGAUGAUGAUGAGGAUGGUUUUGCUGAGAAUGAUGGAAGAUUGAUAAUUUGUUGUUGUUGACAUUGUCAUUCCUGUUGUGUCAUAUUUGUUGUCGUCAUUCCUUUUUAAAGAGCUGCUAUUUAAAGAAAUGUUUUAAAUUUUUUUGUGUAUUAAGUUUAUUUUCUUUCUUUAAUGCUUUUAAAAAUGGGCCGAAGUUUGAUAUCUUGUUUCUCUGAAGCAGACGUCACAUAUUUCAGAAGUGAGGUUGCAGUCUGACCUCCGGCCUCUAGAGGGAGACAUGCAGAAAUGCAAAGACUUGUGACAGACUGAAUGAAGCAUAGCGGCCUUUCUGCCCAUCCAUUGAUAACGCCCAUUUACAGCUCAGUUGGGAUUUUAAUAUACAUAUAUUUUUUCGUACCAUUUCUGGUAAAAUGUUGCCUCUCUGCCUGCCAUCCAUACUGAAUUCUCCACUGUGUAUUUACAGAGGAGCAAAGCUACCUAAUAAUACAGGACCCAGCUGAUAUGUUGUAUUUGGGAACCUGAUCAUUUGAGCGUAUGCUCUGCUCCUUACAUGUACUCUACUUCGCCCAGUGUUUUGUCCAGUGCUAACUUAAUUAACAAGCAAAAGUACUCUUUAAAAAAAUCAAAUGACAUAACAUUCAGUUGGUUUAAAGUGCAAAGUAGAAUUUAUUUCUACAAAAAAACUGGAUCUCCAAUAGGAACAAUGAUUUGAGUUUUUAUUACACAACAGGGUGUCUCAGCUGGCCCGUAUUUAUUUUAGUUUUUGAAUUUCUUAUCUGGAAAAAAAAGCCACUUUACAUCGUCUCUCACUCAGCAGGUUUUGUCUAUUAAGAUUAGAAAAGCAGGUCAGCCAGAGUACAUUUUUCAUAGACCAAUACAUGCUGAUUCAACAACAAUCAAUUAGUUUAAUUAAAUAAAGUUAGUUUAACAUUUAACUAAACUAUACUUUUUUUUUUUUUCCAAAAUAAAAAUGUUCAGCCCAUAUCAUAUGCUUUCACAGGGUUCCCAGACAACUAAUAAGAUUAAAUCUCUGCCGUAAAUGGUUUCUUCUUUUUUUUAAAAGCUCAACAAAGAAACCCUUGCAUUAAAUACUGAUCCAAGUUUUUAUCUGAGGUGAAGGAAAUUUAACACGGUAUGAUCCAAAAAAAUACAAAUCUUCAUCCUUUUCCUGCAAGGUCACUGUGACAUCGUUCAGAAACCCAAUCCAACAUGAAGCUAAAAAGCCUUCAUUGGUUGAUUUGAACACCAGUAAAAGCAGUGAUUUUUUUACUUUUUCAAGCUACUUAUUCUAAUUUGAUUCCACAUUUUUCCCACGCACAUGAUUACAGUAGCUCAUGCUGGUUUAGAGUAAAUGGAGGAGGUGGAGUUUUACUGGUAGCACUUAACAAUAUCCCAGUCUGUCAGAACGCCACCGCCAUCCCUUCCUCUAAUGUAGUGCAAUACAGCCCCAACGCCAAGAAUCUAGACUUGAAUAGGCAUCGGCUCAAUAGGGUCCCUCGCUUGAUUUCUUUUUUAAUUGUUGGUAUUGCUGAUAUGUUGACCAAUCAGAUUCCAGUAUUACUGUAAAAGGUGUAUGACUGUUAGCCAAUCAGAUUCCUGCCUUAUUAAGCCACUAUAUAAUUUCAAAGCAUGCAAGGGUUCAAGACGGGACCUCGAAUGUUGGAGAAAUUAAAUUUUCUUUUAUAAAAACACUUUGCUGCUCUUUACAGAACAAAACUACCAGAGUGCUCCAUUCAUCAUAUAUUGACACUGACGACUCCAAAAUCAAAAGGUUGUUGUACUUGUACUGUAAUUUUAUGAAGCCAAGCAGUUAUAAUUUGUACUUUAGAAGUAUGCAGCAUUUAACAAAACGCGGAUAUGUAAAAGGAAAUGUUGGGUGACAUACAGCAGAUAUUGGAUCUUCACGCUGUAAGGUCUGCAGGAAUUUCUGUUUAAUGGGAGAUUUUAGCUGCAGCUGGUAUCCAUCACUGUCUGAAAAUGUGAAGCUGUGAUUUAGGGCUAGUUUUUGCAUUUUAUUUUUUGUGUACAACUGGGCCUCACUCUCAGAACCUGUUCUGUAGAAACAGUUAGGGCCAUGCUUGAAGGCUACAAUUCUGUUGUAUAGUGUGUUUGAAGCUGUCGCUGUUGUCAAGAAAACUUAACUUAUGGGCUGAAAUUAUGGAAAUGAUCGACCUGCAAUCCUGCAUGUCUCCUAGGAAAUAAUGUGUGACACAAAAAUAAAGACUUUCAACCUUGUA